UUUAUCUUUAGUACCAAUUUUCAUUUUUUUGUUUGCCUGUGCCCCUUGGCUUCACACAUGCAAACACACACAUGCAGCAACAGCUGAGUGGGAAGGAUUUGAUGCAUUUGCUAGAAUUUCUACAGCGCGCAGAAGAAUCCCUGACUACACUGUCCAUUAAUGUGAUGUGUUUGUGCAAGCGCUUCUCGACUUCUCCCUUUCCUCUCCUGCUGUCUUAAAACAAAGCAGUCGUCAUUCCCAUCCAACAGAAUCAAGUUGUUCCAAAUCGCACUAGAAAUCUUUUGUUUUCUACAAAAAAAAUAAUAAUAAUCAAAAUAAAUAAAUAUGUAUAAAGCCAACGUUCAAGCCCCCCCAACCCCCCUCCCGCCUCCUCUUCACUCUCUUGAAAACUCUUUAGGCUUUUCCAGCUGAGCGAUUCAGGCUGAGGCGGGCGCAACCGCACUAGAGUGGAAGUCGUGCUGGACUGGCGUGAUAACCGGUUGCAACUAAAGGAACACCUGAUUUGUACUUAAUCAUGCGUCUCCAUGAUGGACUAUGUUGAUCGCUAAAGUUGACUCUGGAUUUGUAGUUUUGGGCUCUUUGCGAGGCAUGGCUCUCCUUUUAACUUGCUUAUUCCUGCUUUGUUACAGCACGAUCAGUGUUUGGGGGAAUCAGCACAGUGAGACCAGUAUCUACUUGGAUAACAUCACGCGUAUAUUGGAUAGAUUACUGGAUGGGUACGACAACCGUCUACGACCUGGAUUUGGAGGGCCUGUCACAGAGGUCAAAACUGACAUAUUUGUCACCAGCUUUGGACCUGUAUCAGAUGUGGAGAUGGAAUACACCAUGGACGUGUUCUUUCGUCAGACGUGGAUCGACGAACGGCUAAAAUUCGACGGUCCAAUCGAGAUCCUGCGGCUCAACAACCUGAUGGUCAGCAAGAUCUGGACCCCUGACACCUUCUUCCGGAAUGGCAAGAGGUCGAUUUCUCACAACAUGACCACCCCCAACAAGCUGUUCCGCAUUAUGCAGAACGGAACAAUCCUCUACACCAUGAGAUUAACUAUAAAUGCAGAGUGCCCUAUGCGUCUGAUGAACUUCCCAAUGGAUGGACAUGCCUGCCCACUCAAGUUUGGAAGCUAUGCGUACCCCAUCAGCGAGAUUGUGUACACAUGGAAGAAGGGGCCGUCGUCGUCUGUUGAAGUUCCACAGGAGUCUUCCAGUUUGUUGCAGUAUGACCUCAUAGGUCAAACCGUGUCAAGUGAGAGAUUAAAGUCAAACACAGGUGAAUAUGUCAUCAUGACGGUUCACUUUCAUCUCCAAAGAAAAAUGGGUUUCUUCCUGAUUCAGACGUACAUUCCCUGCAUAAUGACCGUCAUUCUGGCUCAAGUCUCCUUUUGGAUUAAUAAGGAAUCGGUUCCUGCUCGGACUGUUUUUGGUAUCACAACCGUCCUGACAAUGACGACUCUCAGCAUCAGCGCCCGCCACUCCCUCCCAAAAGUUUCCUACGCCACAGCAAUGGACUGGUUCAUAGCCGUUUGCUUCGCCUUUGUCUUCUCUGCUCUUAUUGAGUUUGCGGCUGUCAACUACUUCUCCACCCUUCAGGCCAAUCGGGAACUGCGGAAAGCAGCAGCCAUGAAGGCGGCAGCUCAAGAGGCAGCAGCUGCAGCCGCAGCUGCGGCCACCGGGAACGAUGGCGAGGUUUCAUCAGUGGAUGCCAGCAGUGUGCUGAAGAAGAGAAUGAACUCCACCCCACUGUUUGAGCGUCCUGCCAAAACAUUUCCGAACCCACCUGUCAAUGCUCAAGCUUUCCUGCAGCAAGGUUCAGCAGUCCCGGCCAACAAUGUUCUGACUGGCACCAGCAUCAUUGACAAAUAUUCCCGUAUCCUCUUCCCUCUUUCAUUUGGCGCCUUCAACCUGGUCUACUGGAUUGUAUAUCUCACCAAGGACACUAUGGAGAUGUCCAGGGACACCAUCUAAGAAAUUGUCUUCCUGGAAAAUGUCUAUUUAUACGAACUCAUACAAAUAGAAAAGAACCCUCACAAAUACAGUCACCUUUAUGUUAUAUACUCACAAAUUAAAAUAGCAGAGAGAUGUUUGCCAGGCACUCUUUUUAUGCUGCCUUGGUGUAUUGUGUUUCUUUUCAAGUUGUCCCACAAAAGGGAGUAGCUCCUGCUGCCAAUUUGACCAGGGAGCUCAAAAUGGAAGUCUCCAGCUUUGGAAGCACAUCAAACGACCAGUACUUCUAUUAAUUACACUUCUGCACUGUUGAGAAAGAGGACCUACAUUUAAGGACCUUCUUAUUUUUUAUAUAUAUAUUUUAAAACCUGCGUCCAUCUGGAGUAUGUUGAGUCUGAGUGAAUGGGACAAUGGUUGCUGAAUUGUAUGUUUUCUUUUCCUUAUUUUCCUCCAGCUGUAAUGUGAGCAUGCAUUUUCAGGCAUUAGUGUGACUUUGCAUGUGCACUGGACAUGGUGCAUUCCCAUUUUUUUUAAAAAGUAGAACACACUUGAGGAAACUGUGUCGCGACUGAAUCUGUUGAACCUCAGUAAUUUGCGAGAAGUUUUGCAAAAAUGUGUUACCAAACCUUUUUAAUAUGUUUCGACUCAUCAGUAAAGUUCAUCUUGUUUGACGGAGUUCAAAGAAGGGGAAUGUUUUUUAUAGUGUACUUCACAAAAACUGUGGCCUGCCUGGUGGAACAUUUACUUUCACAUGUAUAUGCAAAUAUUUACAUGUAAAAGCUGAAACGUGCAUUCAAGUCUUUAAAGAUUGGAGAUUUUCCCCAUGAAGAGAUUACCAUAUAUGUCCCAGAUGUCCUAAAGACAGAAAUAAACUUAAGCCUCUUUCAGACAUGCACUUCUCUACAUUGAAGCUGACAUUAACUGAUCAUGUUGGCUUCAUGUCGGUUCAUGUCACCAAGUACAACCUGUGCAGAAAUGUGCAAAAGGUAAUCCUAAAUGGUAGACACUAAGAAAAAAGUUGACUGAGAAGGGACAUGUAAUUGUUAAAUAUUGGAGGACAAACAAAGUCCCUCUAUGGUUCUGAGUGCCACCCAAACAAACUAUUGCCCAAUAGAGGUGCAACGAUUGAUUUAAUUGAUGAAUCCAUUUAUAUCCCAACAAUCCAGCCAGAUCAAUCUAAAAUGAAAUUCAUUGGUCAUAAUAGAUCUUGGGAAAUACCAUUUGGAUUGAAGUAUUGUUGGUGUAUUUUGCUUUAAUAUAAAAAUACUCAAGGGCAAUCACAGCGCCAACACACGUGAUUGUAGCAAAAAAUGAUCAAACCAUCAUUACAGUCCAUGGUGUGGAAACCUUUUUGAAUUGAAGAAAAAAGUAAUAUUCUAAUAAUGUUCCGUUUGUAUUACUUUGAUGUGGAAAAACAACUUUAUUGAACUAAAAUGUGAUUCGUUUUUCCAUUAAUUCUUGUUUCCAAAUUUGUUUGCUCACAAUUUAAUUACAAGAAAAUACAAGGAAUCUGGAAAACUUUACCUGCUCUGAUCAGUACCCAGGUACGUAUCUCUGAGUCACACUGGAGGAAUAUUUGGCUAAAGAUAUCCUUGAUCAAUUUUAGGUUAAUGAAUUGGAUUGUUUAAAUCACAAAUUAUGAUAAAAAUUCAAUCCUUUUAAACAUGAACUGUUACACCCCUAUUCCCUGACACCCCAGCCAGCAAUAUGGUUUAAAAGUGGGCAGAAAAUGUGGGCCCCGAAUGGGUUUGUUUGCAGUUUCCGUGGUGGCCCCACCUGUGUUUGCUCACCUUGGCUGAAGUGGCUACGCUAUCCAGCUGCCUGGUGGACAGCGUAGUGAGCUCUGCUGCCCAUGGUCGGGCAGAGCUAGUAGGGUCACUGCCCAGGCUGCCGGUCUCUGAACAACGAAGCCAAUCUGGGCAAAGCUGGGGCCACCCUGGAAAAUGCAGACAAACCCAUAUGGGACCCACAUUUUCUGACAACUUUUAAACCAAAUGGGGUCCAUUUGGCCGGAUAAGCUGGGACCCAUUUAAUUUUUUUCAUAAACUUCCCCUCAAUGUUCAACCUUUGAAUCCCCUCGAACACACAGUUGAUGCAAGAAUCUCAAACAUCUCCAGAAUGGCAGAUUGGUCGAGUCGGGUCUUGUCGUACUUUAGCAAUCAAUUGGAAAUCCAUUGGUUAUGUGGCCUCAGUUGAUGUCCUGGUCCAUAACUGUAUCCAACCAUAUGCAGCUACUUAAAAAACUUUUGUCGACGAGAAAGAAGAAUCAUAUUUCUGUGUUUUUGGUAAGUUCUUGAUGAGGUAAAACUGCUUUGUUUGCACUCAUUUUUGCAUGUACUUUUAAGGGUCCAAGAACCAUUUUUGUACUCUUUUUCUAAGUAUUUUAGGCUUUACAUGGGUUAGUGUGUAAUGGUGACCGGUUAUUUUUAAUGUGUUCACCUGCCAUUGGGACUCAAACUACAGACCAUGAACAUGUAAAGGAAGAAAGGAAGGAAAGCAACAAAGGAAGCCAGUCACCCCAUAAGCUACUAUUUUUGCUUCCUUCCAAUAUAUAGAAUUUAUGAAGCCUGGCAAUAACCUCUUUUCUCCAGGGAAGAUUUAUGUCUUUAUAGACCAACAUCAUUUUGCGUCUUCAUUCUUAUUGUUUCUAUUUAUUGUAGCAUUUUUAAUUGAAGUUAAAGGAUUCCCGCACUGGUUGCCAGUUAUUUCUCGAGAUAACGGGCAACGCUCGCUGUUUUCAUUAAAAAACUGAAAAAGACGAAAUUGAAUCUAUCAUUGUCAAUUACAAAGGAAGCCAAAACAUAUUCCUUUAUAAUCCAGUUUGUGUGGAUUUGCAUAUGAUUAUGCACAGUUUCUGCUUAAGUGAGAAGGAUAACAUGUGAAGCCCAUGUGGCUUCUAAAAAUAAGGUGGUGUGUUUACUUCUUGGUGUCAUCCAUCAUAAGUAGAGGAGCAUGUUCUCAUUAAAGCAUUUUUUUUUUAUAAGAAAAACACCUUUUUGAAUAGAAAAUAGGAACAAUUUCAGAGUAGCUUAGCCGUUGUCGCCACAACAAAUCAUUCUUUAAUAUAUUUAUAUAGUAUAUAUUCUUAAUGUCUUAAAGAAUGGGACACUUUGGUUCAGUUACCAUGCAACUAGAAACCAAAAUGAAACAAUGACUGAGUACAUUCAAGAAAUAUGCAAUAAAAUCAGAAUGCAGUGCAAUUAGGGGGCAGUAGAGCUUUGACUAAACUUUCUGUAGAUUAGCAGCUACUGUAUAGCAUCAGUAUAUGCAACAAUGUUUUAAAACUGAUUUCAUGUUAUCCAAGUAAUGUAUGUUUUAAUGUGCAUGACAAGGUUAAGUGAGAUCAGAUUUGAUCUUUACUGUAUAUAAAAAAAAACUAUCUUUUUUUUCUUUUUUUUAAUUAAAGCUCAUUUAAAAGGAAGAAGUCGUCAUGCAAAUGUAAUUUGAGCAUGUGUACUUCAAGUCUACCUUCAUGUGUGACUAUAACCUCAUGUUGUACAAAGGAUUAUAGAAGACCUGUUGUUGGAUGUAUUAUUUUUCUUUCAUGUACAGACAAAAAAAGACCAGAAAGAAUGUUGACAUCAAAAUAAAGUUUCCAAGUUUCUUGUUUUA